AUGGAGAACAAGCCCAUCUUCAUAGUCAAAGAGAGGAAAGAGCUCAUGCUCUCCCCGAACAGAGACGCCCGCCCGGCUCUAAGAACGGGUCACUUUCUCCAGCCCUCCGCGACGGAGCCCGACCCGCCUCCGCUUCCUUCGACCUUAUCGCCGCCGCCGGAGAAGUUGCCGAUCAACGUCAAGUUCAACAACUGGCGUUGCCCAACCAAGAACUGGACCACGUGGGUGGAUCGCAUGGAGUCCAUGCACGGGGUCACCUGGAAAAGAGCUGGCAUUUACGAUGCCAUCAAGUGUUCGACGUUCUUGAUCCGAAAACACACUUGUUUAGUCCUCGCGCUCGCUCAGAAUUGGUGUCCCGACACGAACACCUUCGUUUUUCCGUGGGGCGAGGCCACCGUCACGCUCGAGGACGUGACGGUCUUAGGGGGUUACUCCGUUUGGGGAUCGUCCCCUGUUUUGAGCCAUCUCCGAAGCCUGUCACGGAAGGUUGAGAUGAAGCUGAAGCGAGCGAGGUCGGAGAUAUCAAAGACCCCAGCAAAGAAGGCCGACGCCUGCAAGUGGAUGGAGAAGUUUAGGGACGCUGGGAGCGACAUUGAACAUGAGGCCUUCCUCACGUUUUGGCUGUCGAGGUUUGUGUUCCCGUGCCCUGGCAAUGUGAUCUCUAAGGGGGUACUGCCGAUGGCGAUAAAUCUGGCUAGAGGUGUGAGGAUCGCGCUUGCACCGGCUGUUUUAGCUCGUAUUUAUAGAGACUUAAGGAAGCUGAAGAAUGUUUUGGAUGGACUAUUUCCCAGCUUGAAGGAUGGAAAUGAAUCGGAUGCAAUUGAUCUAAAAUUGUGGGCGCAGUUUGCUUUGGUUCAAGUAUGGGCUUGGGAGAGAUUUGUGGCCCCCAUCAGACCAAGAGAGGUUCAGCCAGGGGAGCCUACGUUGGGUCGAUGGCACAAAUCAACAAAAAUGAUCAUUCAAAAUGUGGAUUUCAUGAUGGGCGAAGCCGAAGUUCUGUUUAAAUGGCGUCCCUACAGCUCGGCCGUGGCGUCCUAUGCAUUUUAUGGUGAGAAAGGGAAGUGGGUGUCGCUGGAGGAGGACGCUGAUGGGGAACUGAGGUCAUUCGCUCGCUGCUUGAUGGCUCGUGAGUUGCCUGGGCUGGAUUUUGUUGAGAAGUACUCGCCUCAUCGAGUGGCCAUGCAAUUCGGGAUGGAUCAAGAUAUGCCUGGUCGUGUUGCUCCCUGCAACCAGGACCCCGAGAUUGCUUGGGACAACUACAGUAUAUUACUCCAAGAUGUGCACUUGUACAUUCCAGCCAGGCUCUACGAACCGUGCAUAACAGCUCGCUAUGCUGAGUGGGCUUCAAGGAGUUCAAAUACAUCGAUGCAGGGUUUAAAAGGAAGACCGGGAGUUAAUGAUGACCUGGUUCCUCCCGGUUUUCGGCCGAAAAGUAUAAGCGUGGACACAGGCGACUCCAGUGAAAAUGAUGAUAGCCUAACUCUGGGGGAACUUUUGCGAUCCAAAAGGCGAAGAAGUGCUGCCGAGAACUGCUCGGUUGGUGACUGCAACAAUUGCUCAGGGAUUGAUCAAAUGCGAAGUUCUUCCUUACAGAAUGCGGAGAAAACUGACAUUGAAAUGAGAGGGUUACCAAUGGAACCUGAGGAGACGAACAGGCUCCACCUUAGUGCCGCUGGAGGAGCUCAAAGAGACCAUGAGAAAGGCACAAAUGGAAUGCAGCAGAGAUUUCCUGAAGGAGGUUUAGCUGACGAAAAUGUGGGAGAAAGCAGUGAGUGUUUAACAUGUGAGAUGCUAGCGGCGGAUCUUGAAGCUCGGAUUAGCAAGCUGGAGAGAGCAGUUGCUGAGCAAAAUGCUUGGAUUACUAAAUGA